AUGUUAGCUGAUGGGGUUGCCCCCAACUCCUACACAUACACUGUUUUAAUCAAGGGACUCUGUGCUGACCCCAACUUCUUUGGAGAUGCCAAGAAGUACUUGCUUGAGAUGAUGGACAAGCGGAAGCAGCCUAAUGUUGCUGCCUAUACUGCGGUGAUAGAAGGCUUUGUGCUUUGGGAGGACAAGACAGCUGAGGAGAAGGGCAAAGAGUUUGUGGAGAUGAUGAUGGGUAAAGGUUUUGUGCCUAAUGCGAAGGCUAUGAUGAAGGUUUUAAAGGGCAAACCAACACCGGUAAUUAGAAGGGUCAUGAGCAUUGUACUUUCCAAGUUGAAGAGCUGA